CCUCCUCGUUGGCGCGCAGAGGAGGAAACCCCUUGCUUCGUCAUGCUUUGGGGGUCCCUCUCCCGCUGAGCCCUCUCCGCUUGGAGCCUUGCGGCAGCAGCCUCCCUAGCCCUCCUCCUCCUCCUCCUCCUCUUGCCACAAGGGCCACAAGGCUCCUCCUCCUCCUCCUUCCUCCAAGCCUCCGCAGAGGCGAGCGUGCCCUUCGCCGUCCUCUCUUGCCUCCCUUCCCGGGGAUUUCUUCUUCUUCAGCCGAGCGGCCCCCAGCCCUCCAUCCAAGAUGAUCGCCGCCGCCUUCCUGGUCCUGCUGCGCCCGUACAGCAUCCAGUGCGCCCUGCUCCUCCUGCUCCUCUUGCUCGGCACCGUGGCCACCAUCCUCUUCUUCUGCAGCUGGCACCGCAAGCUCCACAAAGCCCGCCACCCCAUCCGGUCCGUCUUCUCCGGCAGAGCCAGGAGCAGAGACGCUGCAAUGAGAACCCAUCACUUUCGCUCCGAGGUAAUUUAUUUAGCCCGAAAUCUCAAGGGAUUUAGACCGAGUCCACGCCAUAUAAGAAGACGUGUGGUCCCUCGCCUUGAAGAAAACAAGCCCUUGGUAGAAGCACGUCAGCUGAGUGAAGAGGAAACAUCGGUUAAGAAGAGAAAAGUCAAGAAAGUCAGCCGCGUCCAGCCAGAGUUCUACCAUUCUGUUCAAGUCACACCUACCCGAAAGCCAAGCUCAGGAAAUGCUUCCUACAGAUGCUCCAUCUCAUCGUCUGCGGAUUUCUCCGAUGAUGAUGAGGAUUUUAGCCAGAAAUCUGGUUCCUUGUCUCCCGCUCCGGGUGACACCCUGCCUUGGAAUCUGCCUAAACAUGAGCGGUCCAAGAGGAAGAUUCAGGGAGGAUCAGUGUUGGAUCCAGCCGAGAGAGCUGUGCUCCGGAUAGCUGAUGAAAGGGACAAAGUACAAAAGAAAACAUUCACAAAAUGGAUAAACCAGCACCUUAUGAAGGUUCGCAAGCAUGUGAAUGAUUUGUACGAAGACCUGAGAGAUGGACAUAACUUGAUUUCUCUUUUAGAAGUUCUUUCAGGAGAUACCUUGCCAAGGGAGCGAGAUUUUUUGAAGACCUUACGGUUGGUGAGUUCAACAGAAGCAUGCCCGUUUGAACAGCAUGAGGAUGAGGAGGAUGAGGAUAAGGGGCCCAGAGAGAAAGGUCGGAUGCGUUUUCACAGACUACAGAAUGUACAAAUUGCACUUGAUUAUUUGAAAAGACGGCAGGUGAAACUGGUGAACAUUAGGAAUGAUGACAUAACAGAUGGAAAUCCCAAAUUGACUUUGGGAUUAAUAUGGACCAUAAUUUUGCACUUUCAGAUUUCUGAUAUCCAUGUUACUGGAGAGUCAGAGGAUAUGUCCGCUAAAGAGAGAUUGCUCCUGUGGACACAGCAGACAACGGAGGGUUAUGCUGGAAUUCGUUGUGAAAAUUUCACUACCUGCUGGAGAGAUGGAAAAUUAUUUAAUGCCAUCAUUCAUAAAUACAGAUCUGCUUCACACAGUUGGGAGACCUCAGGAACAGAUUUGGAGGGUGUACAGGAAGCUGUAUUGAGGUCAAAGAGAAAGAGCAGGCCGGACCUGAUAGACAUGAAUACCGUUGCUGUUCAAAGCAACCUUGCAAAUUUAGAGCAUGCUUUUUUUGUAGCAGAAAAACUUGGUGUUGCCAGACUUCUGGAUCCUGAAGAUGUUGACGUCUCCUCACCUGAUGAGAAGUCAGUAAUCACUUAUGUGUCAUCACUUUAUGAUGCAUUUCCCAAAGUUCCCGAAGGUGGUGAAGGCAUCAGUGCACACGAUGUUGAAGUCAAAUGGGUCGAAUAUCAGAAUAUGGUGAACUACCUCAUCCAGUGGAUCAGACACCAUGCCACAAUAAUGAGCGACAGAGCGUUUCCAAACAAUCCUGUGGAACUUAAGGCACUUUAUAACCAGUAUUUACAAUUUAAAGAAACAGAAAUACCACCAAAGGAGACGGAGAAAUCAAAAAUCAAACACCUAUAUAAAUUACUGGAGGUGUGGAUAGAAUUUGGGCGUAUCAAGCUUCCUCAAGGUUACCACCCAAAUGAUAUUGAAAAGGAAUGGGGGAAGCUAAUUAUUGCUAUGUUGGAAAGAGAAAAAAUGCUUCGCCCAGAAGUUGAAAGGUUAGAAAUGCUGCAGCAGAUUGCGAACAGAAUUCAGAGGGAUAGCCUGAGCUGCGAAGACAAACUAAUGCUUGCUCGAAAUGCAGUGCAAUCAGAUGGAAAACGAUUAGAAUCAGGUCUGCAGUUCCAGAAUGAAGCUGAAAUCGCGGGCUAUCUACUUGAAUGUGAGAAUUUACUUCGCCAACAAGUCAUAGAUGCCCAACUUCUUAUUGAUGGAAAAUAUUAUCAGGCAGACCAACUAGUCCAGAGAGUUGCAAAACUACGAGAUGACCUCAUGGCCUUAAGAGCAGAGUGCUCCUCAAUCUACAGCAAGGGGAGAACGCUGACAACAGAACAGACCAGGAUGAUGAUAUCAGGAAUAACACAAAGCUUAAACUCAGGAUUUGCACCAAACUUAAGCCCAGGUUUAAACUCUGGACUCAGCCAGGGUUUAUCACCCUCCUUGACUUCAUCCAGUCUAACAUCAGGUUUAUCAUCAGGUCUUUCUUCGAGACUGACUCCCGCCAUCACCCCAGCAUACACACCAGGUUUCCCACCACGGUUAAUUCAGAGUUACAUUACUGGAGUUGACAGUGGUGGAUUGCAAACACUCAAACUGAUGCAGAUCCGAAAGCCCCUGAUGAAAUCAGCAUUUGUCGAUCAGAAUUUAACAGAGGAGGAAGUCAACAUGAAAUUUGUCCAGGACCUUUUAAGAUGGGUGGAUGAAAUGCAGGUGCAGCUGGAUCGGACUGAGUGGGGCUCGGAUUUGCCAAGUGUUGAAAGCCAUGUAGAAAAUCACAAGAAUGUCCACAAAGCAAUUGAAGAAUUUGAGUCAAGCCUUAAAGAAGCAAAAAUCAGCGAGAUGCAAAUGACUGCUCCCCUUAAACUUAGCUAUGCAGAAAAAUUACACAAACUGGAGAGCCAAUAUGCAAAACUUUUGAAUACAUCAAGAAAUCAGGAAAGACACCUUGAUACCCUUCACAAUUUUGUAUCACGAGCUACAAGGGAACUCAUAUGGUUGAACGAAAAAGAGGAAGAGGAGGUUGCUUAUGACUGGAGCGAAAGAAACACAAAUAUAGCAAGGAAAAAGGAAUACCAUGCAGAACUGAUGAGAGAACUUGAUCAGAAAGAAGAAGUGAUUAAAUCAGUUCAGGAAAUCGCAGAACAAUUGCUGUUUGAAAACCACCCUGCAAGGUUAACUAUUGAGGCCUACCGAGCUGCAAUGCAAACACAAUGGAGUUGGAUUUUACAACUUUGCCAAUGUGUUGAACAGCAUCUAAGAGAAAACAUAGCAUAUUUUGAGUUUUUCAAUGAUGCUAAAGAGGCCACAGAUUACUUGAGGAAUUUAAGAGAUGCUGUACAUCGAAAAUACAGCUGUGAUAGGUCCAGCAGUCUUCAUAAACUGGAAGAUCUAAUCCAAGAGUCCAUGGAAGAGAAAGAACAGCUCCUGCAUUACAAGAAUGUCGUCGCAGGACUAGUUGGAAGAGCAAAGACAAUAGUUCAGCUGAAGCCAAGAAAUCCAGAUAAUCCACUCAAAACAUCCAUCCCAAUUAAAGCUAUUUGUGACUACAGACAAAUUGAGAUAACGAUUUACAAAGAUGACGAAUGUGUGCUGGCAAGCAACUCUCAUCGUGCAAAAUGGAAAGUGAUUAGUCCGAGUGGCAACGAGGCCAUGGUUCCCUCUGUCUGUUUCACUGUUCCACCACCUAACAAAGAAGCAAUAGAUACUGCAAACAGAAUUGAACAGCAAUACCAGAAUGUCCUAGCACUGUGGCACGAAUCCCAUAUAAACAUGAAAAGUGUGGUCUCCUGGCACUACUUGACAAAUGAAAUUGAAACGGUUCGAGCGAGUAAUGUUGCUUCGAUAAAGACGCUACUGCCAGGUGAACAUCAGCAAGUUUUGAGCAACUUACAGUCCCGCUUUGAUGAUUUCCUGGAAGACAGUCAGGAGUCUAAAGUCUUUUCAGUUGCUGACAUUGCACAGCUGGAAAGGGAAGUGAACAUUUGCAAGCAGUACUACCAGGAGCUCCUGAAGUCUGCAGAGAGAGAGGAGCAUGAGGAAUCUGUUUACAACUUAUAUAUCUCUGAAGUUCGAAACAUCAGACUACGCUUGGAGAAUUGCGAAGAUCGUUUGAUCAGGCAGAUUCGAACCCCACUAGAGAGAGACGAUCUACAUGAAAGUGUGUUUCGAGUAUCUGAACAAGAGAAGCUAAAGAAGGAGCUAGAACGACUCAAAGAGGAUUUGGAAACCAUCACAGACAAAUGCGAUGAUUUUUUUAAUCAAGCCGCUGGUUCACCCUCCGUCCCGACUCUGAGGUCGGAGCUUAACCUAGUGAUUCAAAAUAUGAAUCAAGUUUACUCCAUGUCUUCCAUUUACAUAGAAAAGUUAAAAACUGUAAAUUUGGUUCUCAAAAACACCCAAGGAGCUGAAGCCUUAGUGAAAUUGUAUGAGACUAAACUGUGUGAAGAGGAUCCAUUAACGGCUGACAAGAGUAAUAUAGAGAGCCUGAGGGCUACUUUAAAGCAAUGGAGAUCAGAGGUUGAUGAAAAAAGAGAAGUGUUCCAUGCUCUAGAAGAUGAGCUCCAGAAGGCCAAAGCAAUUAGUGAUCAGAUGUUUAAAACUCACAAGGAACGUGAUCUUGACUUGGACUGGCACAAAGAGAAAGCAGAUCAGUUGACUGAGAGGUGGCAAAAUGUUCAUUCUCAGAUUGAAAACAGGUUGCAUGACUUAGAGGGGAUCAGUAAGUCACUGAAGUACUACAGGGAUACUUACGGUGCACUCGAUAAUUGGAUUAAGCAAGUUGAAGAAACUCAGCAAAAGUUUCAGGAAAACCCUCCUCAGAACAGCAGAGCCCUGGCUAAGCAGCUAAACCAGCAGAAGAUGCUAAUAGCUGACAUAGAGAUGAAACAGAACAAAUUAGAUGAAUGUCAGAAGUACUCAGAGCAGUAUUCUACUACUGUAAAGGACUAUGAAUUACAAACAAUGACAUACAGAGCCAUGGUUGACUCUCAGCAAAAAUCUCCUGUGAAACGCCGAAGAAUGCAGAGCUCCUCCGAUUUUAUUAUUCAGGAGUUUAUGGAUUUACGAACACGCUAUACAGCUUUGAUGACCUUGAUGACUCAGUAUAUAAAAUUUGCAGGUGACUCUCUGAAAAGGCUGGAGGAGGAAGAGAAGUCAGUAGAAGAAGAAAAGAAGGAACACGUUGAAAAAGCUGGAGACUUACUGAAAUGGGUAUCAAAUGUCACCAAGAGUCUCAGAGAAGGUGGUGGUGGAAGACCUGAAAAAGCAGAUUUACUUAAGAAACAGAUAUCUGCUGAUGAUCUAUCUAUGAAGAAAGAACAGAUAUCAGAAGCUUUACAAACAACACAAACAUUUUUAGCAAAACAUGGCGAUAAAAUGACAGAGGAGGAGAAAAAUGAAAUGGAAAACCAUGUUAAGUCCCUACAAGAAGGCUAUAAACUAUUAUCCAAUGAAGAUUUGAAACAAUUGCAGGAGGAACAAAGUAUAGAUGAUGAAAGAAUGGAUGAAAAGGUGGACAAAGUUAUAGCUGGCAUCAUUGAUCAAACCACCGGAGAGACAUUUUCAGUCUUGCAGGCAGUUUAUAAAGGACUUCUUGACUAUGACACUGGAAUUCAAUUACUUCAGGCCCAGCUCAUUUUAUCAGGUUUAAUUUCACCAGCUCUGAGAAAGUGUUUUGACCUUGAAGAAGCAAAAACUAAUGGACUUGUUGAUGAACAAGCUAUAAUACAGCUACAAGAUUUGCAGAAUGCCAAGUCAGUCCUUUCAGAAUUGGAGUUGACAACACACCCAGUAGCUGCUGCUUUGGAAAAGAGUCUAAUUUCAGAAUCUUUGGCUAUUAAAAUUCUUGAAAUCCAGCUUUCCACAGGGUAUAUAAGAAUAUCGGGCACAGGAGAACAUUUGACUUUGCACCAAGCUUUUCAGAAGAGCCUAAUUUCUGCAGCAUUAUAUACAAAACUCCUAGAACGACAGGACAUGUGUAGAGAUCUCAUUGAUCCCAACACUGCUGAAAAGCUCUCCCUUAAGGAGUUGCUUGACAGAAUUGUUGUACAUGAAGAAACAGGCUUGAGAUUUUUACCUGUGAUACCUCAAGAAGGAGGGAGGAUAAUGCUAAAAUCUGGAAGGAAGAUAACUAUUUUGAGAGCAGCUCACGAAGGACUCAUAGAAAGGGAAACCAUGUUCAGGCUAUUAGGUGCUCAGCUGUUUUCUGGGGGUAUCAUUCAUCCUCACACAGGACACCGGAUGACUGUUGAAGAGGCAAUGGGAGAAGGGCUGAUUGAUCAAGAUACUGCUUGUGCUGUUUUAACUCACCAGGUUCAAACAGGUGGAAUCCUGUGUCCAAACUCAUCAAAACGUUUGACUGUUGAUGAAGCUGUACAGUGCAACCUGAUCUCCUCUAGGAGCGCGCUGCUGGUUCUUGAGGCCCAGAGAAGCUUUGUUGGCCUCCUCUGGCCACACAAUGGUGAAAUCUUCCCUAUCUCCACCUCCUUGCAUCAAGACAUGAUCACUAAUGAGGUGGCCUGCAAAAUUCUAAAUGGGAGGCAGAAAAUAGCAGCUCUUUAUAUUCCAGAAACAUGUGAAGUGAUCAGCUUGGAGAAUGCUGCCCAGCAAGGAAUCAUAGAUAGCAAAACAUCGUCAAUUUUGUGUAAUGUUACGCUGCCUGAUGAAAUGCCAAAUAUGGACGAUAUACCAUUCUCUUUGAAGAAAGCUGCAAGAUGGCUUUCAUCUUGUGAACUCCAUCCAUCUAUCCAUCACAAGCAAAGCAGGGAUAUAGAUGGUACUAAUACCAGUGAUCCAAAGCAACACCACUUUCAACAAACUCAAAAGCUAUUCAUGUCUUACCUAAUGAUAAAUAGCUACAUGGAUGCUAAUUCGGGCCACAGGCUUCUUUUGCAUUGUGGUGACUUAAACGAAACUGUCAAGUGGUUAAUGAGUGGGAGUACUUCCCAAUAUAAUAUGGAUGGGAUAGAAACACAAUCUUGUGAUUUCUGUAUGAACCCAAAAGCACCAGAUCAUGAGCAAAACUCUGAAAAUAUAUCUAGCUGUAUCACUGAAAGUGCUUUAAUCCAAGAGACAGGAGUCCAAAACAUUUCUAGGGAUGAUAAGAAGAAAGAACUUCACAGAGAUGACCGGAACAGAAAGGAAAAUAGUUUACCAGAUAUAACUGGUGUUUCAGACACGUCAGAAUAUGCUACAAAUGCCUUAUUUUCCAAAAAGGAAACUAAAUUUGAAAAGGCGACCAAUGCAGAGGGGAAACAUGAAACAGAAAGUUUGCUAGACUCUUCUGAAGAAAUAGCAGUGAAAAUAGGGGGAAAUGUAACUAAGGAAACAGAUGCUGGAAAUGAUGAAGCAAGGGAAUGCCCCUCAAAUUAUUUUCAGGCAAGCAAUCCUUCAAUAAUAAAUAAACAUAAGAUUGACAUGGUAGAGGGAGAGAAAGUCAAAGAGAACGAAAACAGUAUGUCAGUCAUCUUAGGCAACCAUUUAGAUGCUAGUCAUUUCCCAGAUAUUAAGACUGAAGGAAAAGCACAAGACAUCUCUGUUUCACGUCUUAUGGUCACUAAUGCACAGAGAGACAAGUGUCAGAGUUUUCAGACUGAAGAAGAAAUUGUGUUGAUGGAAGAUGAUGCAAAAGAUGAGUUUUGUGAUAGCACUCUAGAACCUGGUAGUAAACCUUUAAAAACAUGGACUCAGGAAGAUUUGGAGCCUUAUACUGGGGAUAGGUUGUUGCAGUCAGAAAUUAAUAAUGCUCCAUUGCUUCAUAAUUCCAAUAAGAAUAGUGGAUGUCCUUUGCAAGGUUUUAUUGAUACAAACAUCAAUUUAGUGCUGGAAGACAGUCCUGUACUAUAUGAUGCAUGCCCACCAAAAGAUUCCCAUUAUAUUAAUGAUAGACUACCACAAGAUCUUACAGAAUAUGUCAGCCCAUCAUUGAAAGACACUGCAAAUAGAUUUACUUUGCAAGAUAAAUCAUCAUUGGAAACAGAUCAUAUACCACAUAGUACAGCUCAAAAUAAUCAAAGCAUGCCAGUGCUAGAAAAUAAUUAUCCUGAUGUUAAUCCAGUGUAUGAAGGCAAUAUGGGUUUGAUCAAUGGAUUAUUAAAGGAACAGCAGACUGAAACUGAAAAUGAGGACUGUAUGGAAAAAAGUAUUACUACCAGAAACAAACAGCAACUCAUAGAGCCAGCUGAUUUACACAGAACAUCUCAUACCAAUGUUGAUGAGGCUCUAUUGUUGAAAUAUAAAGAUGAUAAAUCUAUCAAACCAAUUCAAAGACUUUCCCUGGAAGAUGCCAUUGAUAGAAAUAUUGGUUCCAUAUCUGCAGACAGUUUUGAAUUUUCUGAUGAAACAUCCAUUAAAAUCACUACUGAGAGGGAACCCAGAAUGUCACUGGAAGUUAAUAAUGGACUGGAGAAUAAAGAGCUAUCUCUGAGUGACUAUCAACCAGGAGGUGCACCUGGCAGCUUGCUUCUGGAGGGAAGCAACAUUAUUCCACUAGUGCCACUGCAUGAAAGAGAAUGUCGUACUUCAGAGCCAGAAAAUGACAAUGACUAUAAAUAUAGCACAGGGCACUGUCCUACAACUCUGCAUAAAGAUGUCAGUGAAACUUAUGAUACUACACAGACCCAUCAUAACAAUGGAAAGGCCUGUAACUUGGCAAAAAUGGAAAAGAGUGACUCCUCUGCUGUUGAGGAAGAUGUUACUCCAGAGCAUGCCAACAAAGCCAUAAAAAGAGCAGGAGAAAAGCCAGGGCAAAAAGGUACAAAAUAUUCUCAGGUCAACCUGAAUGAGAAUGAGGAGAGUAUUCUGUGCUUUAGUGAAUCAAGUGACACUGAGAUUUUUGAAAUUGUAAAUGUUGGAGCUUUCAGCGCAUGGUUACUAAAUAGUACUCAAUGUAAGGUGGAAGGUACUGGAGAUGUAGAAAAGAAAGAUGAGAAAAAGGAAAGUGACAAUAGUGAAGGAAAUAACCUCUCCCAUGAAAAGUUACAGGAAGCUGAAAAUCAAAGAGUUGGGCAUGAGAAAAUCAGAAUGAAAGAAGGUGACUCUGAUGGGAGUGAAUGUGAAAGCGUAUGUAUUGAUAGUGGGAAUAGCGAUUAUGAUGAAAAUACUAAUAAUGUUGAGGGAGAAAAUAGUGGAGAUGAAGAUGAUUUUGAAGGUUAUGAUUAUGUUGAUUUUGAUUAUGAUACUUCUGAUACUACAGAUUAUGAGGAUGAGGAUGUGAUGGAAAUGCAUUAUUCUCAGUGCAAUCCUGAAAAGAUUGGAGCACAAUGUUUUGGAGACAACGGAAAACAAGUUUCAGACAAGAAUAUUUAUCAUGAAAAUAAUUUGCACAUGGAUUCAAAAGAUGGCUUCCCCUGCUUUGAAAACUAUAGUGCUUCCAAAAACCAAAAUAAAGCUGAUAUUACCAAAGAAAUUAUUUAUAGCCUAUCAUGUAAAAGUAAAGGUGAAAUACUGCAAGACGAUGAUCAAGAUCAUGAAUCUUUCUUGGAAAGUCAAUUCCCUCCAUUAUGUACAACUAAUGGUGUGACAUUAAAGGAUACAAGAGGAACAGAUGAUCAGCAGGUUGAGCCAGACAUUCCUCCUCAAAACAACUUACAUACUGAUCACAAUAAAGUUAAGUUUUAUGAUGACAUAUUAAUGCCAUGUUUCAAUGAUGAGAAAAGAAAGGAAGUUAAUGGUGGAGCACUGGUACAAGCAAAUAAACCACAAUUAGGAAUGGGAACUCCGGAACAAGGUAAAAAUGGUGUGUGUGUUCUAAAUGGAGAUAAGAUCCCAAAAUCAAAUGGAAGACCGGGUGAGACUUUCUCAUCAGACAUAAAAAAUUGUUACAACAAUAUUCCCCCCUGUGAUGGAAGAACAAAUAUUGACCAAAUAUCAGAUAAAACAAAAUCAGGCAUGCACUCAAAUGGCUUUCCUACUGAUGAAUCCAUGGACAGUGUGGAGGAUUUUGACCUUUCUACUUACUUAAAACAAAGUGCAAAAAAUAUCAAUGUCAUAGAUAUAUUAGAAUUGAGAGAAACUAACACAUUGUACCUUACAAAACCUCAAGAGAAUGGAAAAGAUUUAGAUACCAUUAGCUGCAGAAACACUAAGGGAGAUGGAGAGCACCAUCCAAGAGAAUUGAACUGCCAGCUGUUGUCAUCUCUACCAUCAGUUCCUCCAGAGCCUGUGUUAGUUAAAAAAAGAGAGGGUGCUGUUCAUCCUGAGCUGCAUCAUGAUAAAAUCCAAAACUCCAAAUAUGACUUUAACAAGAUGUCGCAACAGGAUCAUGAAGCAAGUAACAAAGAUGAAACAAGUUCUAAGGAUCAGGCAAUAGGCUUAUCUUACAAUACAUUAGGCACCAUGGAUGGUAGUUCCUACUGUGUGAAGCAGAAACCUGAUGAAACAUUGACUGCUCCUAGCAGCAUAAGAACUCCUAAGGAAAACAUACAACUGUUACAGAAAGAUAUGACAUUUCUUAAUUUUCCUCCAGUGAAGGAACAAGAAAUGCAUGUCUCUGUACAGCCACCUACAUUACCUGAAGGCAUAACAGAUAUAGUUAAAAGCGGUAUGAAAGAUGCCCAUGUUUAUUACAAGCGUGAAGAUGAACCAUUGAGUUACAUUGGUACAAAAGCUUUAAUGCAAAAUUUAUUGAAAAUGAUUAAUUGCACACAUCAUGAGGAUGAGGAGUCUAAUCAAUCUGAGAUCAAACAUACAAAUGAUAGUAGGACUAUUUCAAUAUCCACUCCAAUGUGUGUAAAUACAAAUGAUAAUUUUGCUCCAAAUAUUUGGAUUGAUAAUAGAAGUCCUGACCUCCUCCUUGAUAUAUUGAAGCAAGACCAUAGCAAUCAACGAGCUGAAGGUACACAUGAGGCUGUGGAUGAUGUGGUCCAGAGUGGAAAAGAUCCAGAGGAAAGAACCUCUGAGCUUGACCAUACAUUUUCCAUCCCAGAUGGGAGUGGACAUUCAUCAGAAUUGAAAUCAGAACAUGCUGCAGGGUAUUCUGAUGCAUUUGGUAAGAUUCUUGAUUUGAAACAAAAUCACCAAGCUGAGCAACCAGUUUAUCCACCAAACAUCUACUCUGAUGACAUUAUGGGAAUGAAGGAAUCUGUACCAGGAUCUGACACAACAAGCAUGCUAUAUAGUGGUAUGCAACCUUGUUUGUGGUACAUAGAAAAUCUGAGAAGACACUUGACAGUGUUUCAAGAUAUGAAAUUUCUCUUGGAUGAUUUCCAACCAAUCAGUAAUGAUUUAGAAGCUCUCAAAGUGCAGCUAGAGCAAUUGGAGUCCUUUGAGUCAAGACUUGGUGGCUUUGCUGUUAUUUUACACAAAGAUAUGAAGCUGGCAGAAGAGUUUCUAAAACUUCAGCACAAGGAUGUUCCCAGAGAGCAGCUUCAAGAUUUGAAAGAAACCUAUGAAUGUUUGGAAAAUAAUUUCUUGGUGGUCUGUGAGAUGUCUUCAAAGCGAGCAAAGCAAAUAGUCUUAGGAGUGGAGUCUGAAAUGGCUAAACUUACAGCAUUGCAUCAAGAACACCUUGUCAAGCUUCAGGAGUUCACAGACUGGAUCAUGGAGAAGAAUGAAACCAUUAAAAACUACAAAGUGGAUGUUUGUGACAUUGAAGAUGUGAGACAAAGUUUUCAGUUUUUCAAGGACUUGGAAAAAGAUCAUGGAUGUAAAAAAAUUCAGCUGGAAUCCACAGCCUUUGACAUUCAGUUUUUCAUUUCUGAGCAUGCCCAAGAUCUUUCCCCAAACCAGAGCAAGCAGCUCCUGAAGCUCUUAAAUAGUACACAGAAACACUUCCGAGAAGUGCAAGAAACAAUACAAUCUGAAGUGGACCGUUGUGAAACUCUUUUGCAGACAGCUCAACGUCUUGUUGGCCAGAAGGACUUAGAGGAACAGCAUCAAGAUUUCAAAGAAAAACUGCAGGAUAUAUGUGAUCUCCUCACGCAAACCGAAAACCAGCUCAUUGGCCACCAGGAAGCCCUUGUCAUUGAAGACAGCAAGACUGAGUUGCAGCAAUGUCAAACCAAACAAGAGGAAUUGCAGAAAAAUAUGCAAGCCAAUACACAGGCAUUGGCUGAAAUUGUGAAAAAUACAGAGAUGUUCUUAAAAGAAAAUGGAGAAAAGCUGCUUCAAGAAGACAAGCUCUCUCUUGAAAAGAAGCUGAAUGAAGCUAAGACCAAGUGUCUCCUGCUUAGCCAAAAGGCGGAAGAAUCCAGAAAAGAGCUGGAUAAAGCUGUGACAACAGCUCUCAAGCACGAAACAGAGAAGGUUGCAGCCAGAGAACAGUUGGAAGAGAGUAAAAAUACAAUAGAAAACCUUCUGGAUUGGUUGUCAAAUGUAGACAAAGAUGCUGACCAUGGGAAGAAGAAAUGCAAGCCAGCAAUCAAGCAGAAUGGCAAUCAUUUUCAGGAAGAGGAUGUGGAGGGCUUGGUGGGAGAAGAAGAUGAAGUAAAUGGUAACUUGCUGGACAUUGAACAGGAAAAUGAAAUCCAGAUAGAUGGGCAGCUGAAACCAUCAGAAGAUAAUCUCAAUAUGCAAUAUCAGAAAGCUAAGGCUCAACAUGAGAAACUUAUUUCGCAGCAGCAAGCUGUCAUUAUAGCAACACAGUCAGCCCAAGCCCUACUUGAGAAACAAGGGCACCAUCUUUUACCAGAGGAAAAAGAAAAAAUUCAAAGGAAUAUGAAGGAACUGAAGGUGCAGUAUGAUACCACUUUAGCUGAAUCGGAGCAGAAACUGAAGUUGACACGUUCACUACAGGAGGAACUUGAGAAAUUUGAUGUGGACUAUGGUGAAUUUGAAAGCUGGCUCCAGCAGGCAGAGCAAGAACUUGAAAACCUAGAGACGGGGGCUUCUGACUUCAGUGGGAUUGUGUCCAAACUAAAAAGGCAGAAAAGUUUUUCUGAAGAUGUUAUUUCUCACAAAGGGGACUUGAGGUACAUUACCAUUUCUGGGCAGAGAGUAUUGGAUGCUGCGAAGUCAUGCAACCAAAGAGAAGGCGUUAAAUAUGAUAAGGAAGGUAUUGAUACUUCAUCAACAUUCAUGGAGGUACAGAAUAAGUUGGACAGUGCAACUGGUCGCUUCAAAUCUCUCUAUUCAAAGUGCAGUAUCCUUGGAAAUAACCUCAAAGACCUGGUAGAUAAAUAUCAGAAUUAUGAGGAUGCCUCCUCUGGGCUUCUGUCAGGACUCCAGGAUUCUGAGGAAGCUGUGAAUAAACAUCUAUCAGAAGCUGUUGCUGCCGAUCCCAAAAAUCUCCAGAGGCAACUAGAAGAAACCAAGGUGCUUCAGGGACAAGUAUCUGGUCACCAGAUGGCUGUAGAGAAACUGAAAAAAGCAGCUGAAGUUCUUUUCGACACAAGGGGAGAACUGUUGCCAGAUAAAGAUGAAAUUCAGAAUACACUGGAUACUAUUGUGGAUAAGUAUAAUCAGUUAUCCAAAGCAGUAAAUGAUCGUAAUGAGAAACUCCAAAUCACUCUGACACGUUCAUUAAGUGUGCAGGAUGGCCUGGAUGAAAUGCUUGAUUGGAUGAAUGGCGUUGAGAAAAGUCUUGAGGAGCAAGGUCAAGUGCCUUUGAAUUCUGCUGCUCUUCAGGAUGUCAUCAGUAAAAGUAUGGCUUUAGAGCAAGACAUUCUAAGUCGUCAAAGCAGCCUAAAUGCCAUGAAAGAAAAAAUGAGCAAAUGCAUGGAAACAGCAGAUCCGUCCACUGCAUCCUCUUUGCAAGCUAAAAUGAAUGAGCUCUCUUUACGGUUUGCAGAAGCAAAUAGGAAACACAAGGAAAAACUUGGAAAGAUGGAAGAACUGCAGAGUAAAGUAGAACUAUUUGAAUGCCUGUCUGAUAAACUCCAGUCAUUCUUGGACAAGAAGACUCAGGCUCUAAGUGAAGCUGAUGUCCCAGGGAAGGAUGUCACUGAAAUGUCCCAAUAUGUUCAGGAAACCAACACUGAAUUGAUGGAGCAGAAAAAAGAUCUUGAAGUUUUGCAACACCUCAUUGAAGAACUUUCUACUCAUGCGCUUCCUGCAGACAAAUCUUUAGUAUUAGAAAAAGUAAACGCUCUGUUAAAGAAAUUUAAGGAAGUUGAGGAAGCCAUACAAGAAAAAGAAGAUGAUGUAUCCUCUUGCCAACAGCAAAUGGAUGCAUUCAACCUUCAUGUAGAAUCUUUAAAGAAAUGGAUAGAUGAGGUGAUCAAAAAAGUUCCAGACACACAGCUUUCUUUAAAUACUGAUACUUUAAAGAAACAUUUGCAAACUACCAAGAAUUUGGAAGAAGAAUGGAGUUCAAAGGCACCUGACAUUCAGAAAAUGAUUACCAGAGGAACAGUGUUGUGCAACCUGAUCAGUUCUGUGACUUCACCUGCAAAGUCAAGGGGACUAAAACCAGCUGUAAGUGGCUUGGUAUUAAAUGGUGAAGGAGCAACUGUAGGUACUCAGGAUUUCCUGUCAAACAAAGAACUGACCACAGUCCAGCACAGCAUGUCAGCAGUAAACAAGAGCUAUGAUGACUUGGGGACAAUGCUGAAGAAAAAAACUUCAGAACUGGAAUCCAUGCUUUCAAACAUGCAAAACGUUCAAGAAGAAUCAAACUCAAUGAUGGACUGGUUACAGAAAAUGGAUACUGCUACAGCCAAAUGGGAAACGGCUCCUCUCGACACUGAGUCAGUCAAGGAACAAGUGGAUCAACAUAAGCUUUUUGAAACAGAAUUGAAACAGAAUGAGAAUAAAGUGCAAGAGUUGAAGGACAGAGUUACAGAGCUAUUGGAGAAGAACCCGGACUCUCCUGAGGCACCAAAAUGGAAACAGAUGUUGGAGAAAAUAGAUUCCAAGUGGAAGGAACUGAGUCAGGUAACAGCUGAUAGACAGAAAAAAUUGGAAGAGUCAUCAAAUUACCUGACCCAAUUUCAGACGACUGAGGCUCAGUUGAAGCAGUGGCUGGUGGAAAAGGAAUUAAUGGUCAGUGUCCUUGGACCACUGUCCAUUGAUCCAAACAUGCUGAACACCCAGAAACAGCAAGUUCAGAUUCUGCUGAAAGAGUUUGACACACGGAAGCCUCAGUAUGAACAGCUAAGUGCAGCCGGACAAGGGAUCCUGAAAAGACCAGGGGAACAUCCACCUUCUCAUGAAACAGUGAAGCAGCAACUGGCUGCUGUGACAGAGAAGUGGGGUGGAUUAACAGGACAGCUGAGUGACCGGUGCAGCCGAAUUGACCAAGCCAUUGUCAAAAGUACAGAGUACCAAAACUGUCUGAGAAGGCUCUCUGAGAAACUUGGUGCCUUGGAUAAUAAAUUGAGUCAAAGUCUGGCUAUAAGUACCGACCCUGAUGCUGUGAAGCAACAGCUGGAACUGGCCAGAGAAGUCAAAGAAGAAAUAAAAAAGGAAAUGCUGAAUAUUGAUGCUGCUGAGAUUCUGUGCAAGGAGUUAUCAGAGCUGGUGGCUGAAGACUAUUUGAAAGCAGAACUUGCCAGGCAGUUAGAAGGCAUUUUGAAACCUUUUAAGGAUAUGGAACAAAAAGCAGGAAAUCAUAUUGAGCAACUUCAGUCAACCUAUGUUAGUUCUCAUCAAUUCCAACAAAUGUCUAAGGACUUUCAGGUCUGGCUGGACAAACAGAAAGAAGAACAGAAUCGGUCCCGUCCUAUAUCUGCCAGGAUGGAUUCCCUGCGGUCAUUAGUUGAUGAUCAAAAAGAGUUCAAAGCAAGGUUGUCUGGCGAGAUUGGUUCUUAUGAGAAGAUCAUUGCUGAAGGAGAAAGUCUGCUCCAGAAGACUCAAGGAGUAGAGAAAGCAGAACUGCAGUCCCAGUUAAACCUGCUUAAAGCUAACUGGGAGGAAAUGAACAAGCAAGUUAAAGAAAGGCAAGACAAGUUAAACGAUUGUGUAGAGAAGGCCCACAGAUACAAAGAGCAUGUGGAGGCCCUGCAACCUUGGAUAGCAAAGUGUGAGAGCAAUGUGUCUGAAAUCAAGAUGGGAAUUGAUCCAGUUCAGCUAGAGAACUCCAUCACUCAGGUGAAGACCUGGCAGAAGGAUCUGGACAAACACCAAGGGAUAGUGGAGCUCUUGUGUAAUGCAGCAGACACGUUCCUCAAUGCCUGUGAGACAGAUAAAGAUGUUAUUGAAGAGGAGAAGACACUUCUGAUUCAGAAAAUGAAUGUGGCCACAGAACAAUUACAAAUAAAAAGAGAUGAGUUGGAAAAGAUGUCUCAGAAACUGAAAGAGUUUCAAGAAUCAUCUAGAGAAGUUAAAGAGCAGCUGAAGAAUGCCAGGGAACAGCUGGAAGUGCAUGAGUCUCUCAAACCCCAGACCUAUAGCAACAAACACUUGACAAUUAUGCAGACUCAGCAGAAAGCACUCCAGAUUACAAAGAAUCAAGUAGAUCUGACAAAAAAGCUAGCCCAAGAGCUGGUGGUGGUGGCUGUGGAUUCAUCAGGCAUUUCUGACCUCUUGUUGCAUGCAGAAGCAUUAGAAAAGGAAUACAGCAACAUCAAUGAGCAGGUUGAGCAGAAAUGUUCCUUCCUGGAAUCUAAACUCCAAGGAAUUGGCCAUUUCCAAAAUGUAAUAAGGGAGAUGUUUUCCCAGUUUGCAGAGUUUGAUGAUGAGUUGGACAGCAUGGCACCCGUGAGCAGGGAUCUAGUCACACUGCAGUCACAGCAGAGGGAUAUCAAAGCUUUCCUGAAAAAAUUGGAGGAACUCAUCACCAAUAAUGAAAAUGCAAACAAGACAUGUAAAGCGAUGCUAGCGAAUGAAGCAGAAACUUCUCCUGAUCUUGCAGGUAUAAAAAGAGACUUGGAAGCUUUAAAUAAGCAGUGCAACAAGUUACUUGACAGAGGAAGGACCAGAGAUGAGCAAAUUGAAGGGACUAUUAACCGCAUGGAGGAAUUCUACAGCAAACUACAAGGAUUUUCCAAGCUCCUUGGAGAAGCUGUAGAACAUGAGGAAUCCCAAGGUCCUGUUGCAAUGGAAACCGAAACGAUCAAUCAACAGCUGAGUGCAUUUAAGGUAUUUGAGAAAGAAGCGAUCGAACCGCUGCAGGUUAAGCAACAAGAGGUCAAUUGGUUGGGUCAAGGCCUUAUACAGAGUGCGACUAAAAACACUAGCACCGAAAACCUUGAGCAUGAUCUUGAGGAUGUGAAUACAAAAUGGAAAACUCUCAACAAAAAGGUGGCUCAAAGAGCAGCUCAGCUGCAAGAAGCCCUGCUGCACUGUGGAAGGUUUCAAGAUGCUGUUGAAUCUAUUCUGAGUUGGCUGAUUGAUACAGAAGACCUUGUAGCUAAUCAGAAACCUCCAUCGGCUGAGUUUAAGGUUGUGAAAGCCCAAAUUCAGGAACAGAAACUUCUCCAGAGAUUGUUGGACGACCGCAAGCCCACUGUCGAAUUGAUCAAGCGUGAAGGGGAGAAAAUUGCAGAGUCAGCAGAGCCUGCUGAUAAAGAGAAGAUCUUGAAACAGCUGAGCCUCCUGGAUAGCAGAUGGGAUGCGCUGCUCGAUAAAGCAAAAAGGAGAAAUCGCCAGUUGGAAGGUAUCUCUGUAGUGGCACAGCAGUUCCAUGAAACUUUUGAACCACUGGUGGAAUGGAUAGCAGCCACUGAAAAGCGGCUUUCAAAUUCAGAACCCAUUGGUACACAGGCUUCCAAACUUCAACAACAAAUUUCUCAACACAAAGCCUUAGAGGAAGACAUCAGCACUCACAACACAAGUUUACAGGAAGCCAUUCAUAUUGGUCAGGCUCUAAAGACCUUAUGCUCCAAGGAGGAUAAAGACAUGGUGCAGGAGAAACUAGAUUCUUCAGAAGCCCGAUACACAGAGAUUCAAGAGAAAUAUAGCAGUAGGGCUGAGCUUCUGCAGCAAGCGUAUUGCAAUGCUCAGAUUUUUGGAGAGGAUGAAGUCGAAUUAAUGAACUGGCUGAAUGAAGUUCAUGAGAAGCUGAGCAAACUGGCAGUCCAAGACUACAAUACUGACCUAUUAGGGAAACAACACACUGAAAUGCUGGUUCUUCAAGAAGAGAUUGUGCUCAGAAAGCAAAAUGUGGAUCAGGCUAUACAAAAUGGUUUGGAGCUUCUCAAACAAACCACAGGUGAUGAAGUUAUCAUUAUUCAGGAUAAAUUGGAAGGCAUUAAAGCAAGAUACAAGGACAUCACUAAGCUUAGUUCUGAUGUUUCCAAGACUCUAGAACAAGCUCUAAAGCUGUCAGGACAACUACAAUGUACCCACGAGGAACUCUGCACUUGGCUUGACAAAGUCGAGGUGGAAUUGUCGUCGUAUGAUUCUCAGGUCCCCAAAGGCAAAGAAUUAAAUAAGGCACAAGAAAGGCAAAAGGAAUUGAAAAAAGAAUCAAAGGACAACAAAACCUUGUUAGACACGCUCAAUGAAGUCAGCAGUGCUUUGCUGGAACUGGUGCCAUGGCGAGCGAGAGAAGGGAUAGACAGAAUGGUAACGGAAGACAAUGAACGAUAUAGGACUGUGAGUGACAGUAUAACUCAGAAAGUGGAAGAAACUGAUGCUGCCAUCUUAAGAUCGCAACAGUUUGAUCAAGCGGCAAAUACUGAAUUAGCCUGGGUUGAUGAAACAGGGAAAAAACUGAUGUCUCUGGGUGAUAUUAGGCUCGAACGGGAACAGACCACUGCUCAGCUGCAAGUUCAAAAGGCAUUUACCAUGGAGAUUUUGAAACACAAGGACACAAUAGAAGAACUUGUUGCAUCUGGAGAUGAGAUUAUGAAGACCUGUACGGAAGAGGAGAAACAAGCAAUGAAGAAGAAACUGGAAAGCCUUGUGCAGAAGUAUGAUAUUCUCUGUCAGAUGAACUCUAAAAGGAACCUGCAACUAGAACGGGCUCAGUCGCUGGUUAGCCAGUUCUGGGAAACACAUGAAGAGAUUUGGCCGUGGUUAACUGAAACAAAAAUGGUCAUCUCACAGCUUCCAGCACCAGCUCUUGAAUAUGAAACUCUAAAGCAACAGCAAGAAGAACACCGACAAUUACGAGAGUUGAUUGCUGAGCACAAGCCUCACAUAGAUAAGAUGAACAAAACUGGACCUCAGCUUCUGGAGCUGAGCCCACGGGAAGGUUUUUCAAUCCAAGAGAAAUAUGUAGCAGCUGAUGCCCUUUACAGCCAGAUUAAAGAAGAUGUCAAAAAGCGAGCACAAGCACUGGAUGAAGCCAUUUCCCAGUCUACCCAGUUCCAUGACAAGAUAGAUUCAACCAUUGAGAGCCUGGAGCGCAUCGUUGAACGUUUGAGGCAGCCACCUUCAAUCUCAGCAGAAGUCGAGAAGAUUAAAGAACAGAUCAGUGAAAAUAAGAAUGUGUCUGUAGACCUAGAAAAACUUCAGCCUGUGUAUGAAACACUCAAACAGCGUGGGGAGGAAAUGAUAGCACGUUCAGAAGGCGCUGAUAAGGAUAUUUCCGCUAAAGUGGUUCAAGACAAACUGGAUCAAAUGGUCUUUAUCUGGGAAGAUAUCCAUACCUUAGCUGAGGAAAGGGAGGCCAAACUGCUUGAUGCCAUGGAAUUAGCAGAGAAGUUCUGGUGUGAUCACAUGGGGCUUGUGGCGACUAUUAAAGAUACACAAGAUUUUAUCAGAGAACUAGAAGGAGCUGGGAUUGAUCCAUCAGUGGUAAAACAACAGCAAGAGGCAGCAGAGUCUAUCAAAGAAGAGGUAGAUGGAUUACAGGAAGAGCUGGAUGCAGUUGUGAACCUUGGCUCUGAACUCAUAGCUGCGUGUGGAGAACCUGACAAACCCUUAGUCAACAAGAGCAUAGAUGAGCUAAAUUCCGCUUGGGAUGCUUUAAAUAAAUCAUGGAAAGAGCGUGUUGACAAGCUUGAGGAAGCCAUGCAGGCUGCUGUCCAGUAUCAAGAUGGGUUGCAGGCAAUAUUUGACUGGGUGGAUAUCGCAGGUAGUAAAUUAGCCUCAAUGUCACCAGUUGGAACAGAUCUAGAAACAGUGAAACAACAAACAGAAGAACUGAAGCAAUUUAAGAAAGAAGCCUAUCAGCAACAGAUAGAAAUGGAACGACUGAACCAUCAAGCAGAACUAUUACUGAAAAAAGUGACCGAGGAGAGUGAUAAGCAUACUGUACAAGAACCUUUAUCUGAACUCAAACUUUUGUGGGAAAGUCUGGAGGAUAAAAUCGUCAGCCGUCAGCACAAACUGGAGGGUGCUUUGUUGGCUUUGGGGCAAUUCCAGCAUGCCCUGGAUGAGUUGCUGACAUGGCUGACGCAUACAGAAGACCUGUUGAAUGAUCAGAAACCUGUGGGUUCUGACCCCAAGGCUAUUGAAAUUGAAUUGGCCAAACACCAUGUGCUGCAAAAUGAUGUCUUAGCUCACCAGUCCACCGUGGAAACUGUUAAAAAAGCAGGAAAUGACCUGAUUCAAUCAAGUGCCGUUGAAGAAGCAAGCAACUUACAAAGCAAGCUGGAACUUUUGAAUCAGCGAUGGCAAAAUCUCUUGGAAAAAACAGAAAAAAGGAAGCAACAGUUGGACAGUGCUUUGAUCCAGGCUCAAGGUUUCCAUGGUGAAGUUGAAGAUCUGCAGCAAUGGCUGACAGAAACUGAACGUCAACUUUUGGCAUCGAAGCCUGUUGGUGGUUUACCAGAGACUGCAAGAGAGCAGCUUAAUACCCAUAUGGAACUCUGUGCUGCAUUUGAAGCUAAGGAGGAAACAUACAAAUGCCUGAUGCAAAAGGGCCUGCUUGCAAGCUGCCCAGGGUCUGUUGAAACAAAUGUUGAUCAAGACAUAAAUAAUCUGAAAGAAAAAUGGGAAUCCGUGGAAACAAAGCUUAAUGAAAGAAAGAUCAAACUGGAAGAAGCCCUCAGUUUGGCAGUGGAGUUCCACAAUUCACUGCAAGACUUCAUCAACUGGCUUACUCAAGCUGAGCAAACACUGACAGUGGCUUCUCGGCCAAGUCUAAUCUUGGAUACUGUCUUGUUUCAAAUUGAUGAACACAAGGUCUUUGCUAAUGAAGUGAAUGCCCAUCGUGACCAGAUCAUUGAGCUCGAUAAAACUGGAACCCAUUUGAAAUAUUUCAGCCAGAAGCAAGAUGUUGUCCUCAUUAAGAAUCUGCUGAUCAGUGUCCAGAGUAGGUGGGAAAAGGUGGUUCAGCGGUUAGUGGAACGGGGAAGAGCUUUGGAUGAUGCAAGGAAGCGUGCCAAACAGUUCCAUGAAGCUUGGAACAAGCUUACAGAAUGGCUAGAUGAAUCAGAAAAAACUUUGGAUGCGGAGCUUGAAAUUGCAAAUGAUCCAGACAAAAUUAAGAUGCAGCUCUCCCAGCAUAAGGAGUUCCAAAAAGCUCUUGGAGCCAAACAUUCUGUGUAUGACACCACAAACAGAAGUGGCCGUUCUUUAAAAGAAAAAACAACUCUUGCUGAUGACAAUUUGAAACUGGAUGAUAUGCUUAGUGAACUUAGAGACAAAUGGGAUACCGUCUGUGGAAAAUCUGUAGAAAGACAAAACAAACUGGAAGAAGCCCUGCUGUUUUCUGGACAAUUUACGGAUGCUCUUCAAGCUCUUAUAGAUUGGCUUUACAAAGUGGAACCGCAGCUGGCCGAAGAUCAGCCUGUGCAUGGAGACAUUGAUUUAGUGAUGAAUUUAAUAGAUAGUCACAAAGCCUUCCAGAAGGAACUAGGGAAGAGAACAAGCAGCGUCCAGGCUCUGAAACGCUCGGCCCGUGAGCUAAUAGAAGGCAGUCGUGAUGACUCCUCCUGGGUCAAAGUCCAAAUGCAGGAGCUUGGCACUCGGUGGGAUACUGUGUGUGCCCUGUCUAUCUCAAAGCAAACACGGCUGGAACAAGCUCUCAACCAGGCUGAGGAAUUCCAUUCUGUUGUCCAUGUACUGCUGGAAUGGCUGGCUGAGGCAGAACAGGCCCUUCGUUUCCAUGGUGUCCUUCCAGAUGAUGAGGAGGCUCUGCGUGGGCUCAUAGAGCAGCACCGGGAAUUCAUGAAGAAACUGGAAGAAAAAAAGGCUGAGCUAAAUAAAGCCACAGGUAUGGGGGAAGCUGUCCUGGCUAUCUGCCACCCAGACUCCAUCACUACCAUUAAGCACUGGAUCACAAUAAUCCGAGCAAGGUUUGAAGAGGUGUUAGCAUGGGCAAAACAACACCAGCAGAGAUUGGCAGGGGCCCUGGCUGCACUUAUCGCUAAUCAGGAAUUGUUAGAAGCCUUGCUGUCCUGGCUGCAGUGGGCUGAGACAACACUCACCGAAAAAGACAAGGAAGCCAUUCCUCAGGAAAUCGAUGAUGUGAAAGCACUCAUAGCUGAGCAUCAGACAUUUAUGGAGGAAAUGACCAGAAAACAGCCUGAUGUGGAUAAGGUUACUAAGACACAUAAAAGGAAAACAGUUGAAUCUGGUCCAAUCCAGUCUCAUAUUCCUGUGCUGGAUAAAGGAAGAGGAGGAAGAAAGCGUUCUCCAACACCAAGCAUGUAUCCUUCAGGUGCACAGACCCAGAUUGAAACCAAGAAUCCACGGGUAAACCUCUUAGUUAGCAAAUGGCAGCAAGUUUGGCUUCUAGCCCUGGAAAGACGAAGGAAACUCAAUGAUGCUUUAGACCGUUUAGAAGAGCUGAGAGAAUUUGCCAACUUUGAUUUUGAUAUUUGGCGGAAAAAGUAUAUGCGCUGGAUGAACCAUAAGAAAUCUCGAGUGAUGGACUUCUUUAGAAGGAUUGAUAAGGAUCAAGAUGGGAAGAUCACUAGGCAGGAAUUUAUUGAUGGCAUUCUUUCUUCAAAAUUUCCUACUAGUCGAUUGGAAAUGAGUGCUGUAGCAGAUAUCUUUGACAGAGAUGGUGAUGGAUAUAUUGACUAUUAUGAAUUUGUAGCGGCGCUUCAUCCAAACAAGGAUGCCUACAAGCCUCUGACGGAUGCAGAUAAAAUUGAAGAUGAGGUGACAAGGCAGGUAGCAAAAUGUAAAUGUGCAAAGCGAUUCCAGGUGGAACAAAUUGGUGACAAUAAAUACAGGUUCUUCCUGGGAAAUCAGUUUGGUGACUCCCAGCAACUCCGUCUUGUCCGUAUUUUGCGAAGUACGGUAAUGGUUCGAGUUGGAGGUGGAUGGAUGGCACUGGAUGAGUUCUUAGUAAAAAAUGAUCCCUGCAGAGUUCAUCAUCAUGGGAGUAAAAUGUUACGUUCGGAAUCAAACUCUUCAAUUACCACUCAGCCUACUAUAGCAAAAGGAAGGACGAACAUGGAGCUCCGCGAGAAGUUCAUUUUGGCAGAUGGAGCUAGCCAAAGUAUGGCUGCCUUCCGGCCAAGAGGGCGCAGAUCCCGACCAUCUUCAAGGGGUGCUUCGCCCAACAGAUCCAUGUCUGUGUCAAAUCCUCCUGCCCAAGGAGUUCCUGCACCAGCUGUUGCUGUCAGCACACCCAAGACACCCCAUCAUUUAACACGCAACUAUGGUAAACCAUGGUUGAUAAACAGCAAAACGUCAUCACCAUGUAAGCCACCAGAGUGUUCUGAAUAUCAAGUGUCAUCCACAGAGGGAACGCCAAUACAGGGAAGUAAACUUAGAUUGCCAGGAUAUUUGUCAGGAAAGGGUUUCCAUUCUGGAGAAGACAGUGGCCUAAUUUCAACAGCAGCUACGCGAGUCAGGGCACAUUUUGCAGACACCAGAAAAACACCAAGCAGACCUGGAAGUCGGGCAGGAAGCAAAGCAGGCAGCAGAGCAAGCAGCCGCCGAGGCAGUGAUGCAUCGGACUUUGACAUUUCAGAAAUCCAAUCUGUGUGCUCAGAUGUGUCAGAAACUGUUCAUACCCCUAUCAGGCCGACGCCGCGGCCAAAUUCUCGGUCAGCGUCUGGCAAGCCUUCCAAAAUUCCAACUCCACAAAGAAGAUCACCUGCCGGCAAAGUAGAAAAGGCCUCCAAGAGAUAAUGUGUUUGGCUCACUGAGGUCUUCUCCGCGCCCCUCCCCUCCCCGUGCAUUAAAUAUUUAAGUUUGUAAGAUGUAAAAUAUCCUGUAGAAAUUAUUGUGAAAUAUUACAAGAAUUGGAUUUUUAAUUUUGCAGAUGGCCUUAUUUGUGUAUUUGUCUUGUUUAUUUUAUGUGUAUAAGUUUUGUCAACUUUUGUUCAUUUGUUUAUGCCAUAUCCGAUGUGAACAGAGAGGAUUUUUUAAUGUAAACUAACGGUUGUUUGCAGUAACAUGUAGAGAGAGAGAGAGAGAUCACUAAAAGCAAUUACUGAAUGUGCAGUUAAGUCUUUGCGUCCGAAGUCAACAGGCCUGUCACUUUUCCAUUAACAGUAAAGGAUACCUCAUAAUGUUGUCUUAAUAAAAUUGGGAAAAAAAAGACACCAGGCAAAAUUAUGUAUUUCUAGUUAACAGAAUACAGCCUGCAAAGAGAGGCGCAGGGACACUAAAGAACAGGAGACACGGUUCACACAGCAGUUAAUCCAACAGCAUCUUCCAGGGAAUUCACAGAGACAGUUAUUUAAAGAGCACUUGCCAAUCCUACACUCCUCCAAUAUGUUACAGCAUUAUCAGUGUCAUUGCUUUAGAAGAAGGCAGACACAACCUGGAUACUGUAAUAGAACUAUUACACUUGCAUCAGAAUGACAGUAUAAUCUGCAUUCAUGUCAAUGUGAGGUUUUUGUUUGCUUGAGUGGAUGAUAGCACUAUAUCAUUGGACUCAUUUUAUAUCAAAGCAGUUUGGCUUGCAAAAAGAAAAGAAGAAACACUACGAAAUAAACCUUGUCCCUUCUCUUGGUUGCUAUUGUAUUCCUUAUAUCCCAGGGAGAUACAUGUUUUGUGUCAUGUUUACAGUAUUAUGAAAUCUGACAGUUCCAGACCGUUACUUUCAGAAUGAACUUUGUUGUAAUUUUUUUCCCCGUUCUCCACCACAUUUCAAGCAAUUACUGUAUUCCUUUAAUAAAAUGACGUUUACAUAUCAGAUGAUAAAA